AGGCAGCUCCAGUCCCACAUUUCCUCCACACUUUUCUAUCUCCCCUCACCAUUAGGGCCUGGGGUGGUGAGAGCUACUGAGGCAGAGGAAAAAGUGCAUACACACCCAUAUAUGGUCUUAAUUUGGGACUCAGAGUUUAUCUAAGAGAAGACGCUCGGGAGUGUGUGUGAGAGAGGGCGCGGUAGAGCCAAGGAAAGAGGGGGAAGCCAGCGGAGCGGGCGGUCUCGGCAGGGAAGCCGUCCCACCUGCUGCGGGGGGAACCGCCGGGGAGGGGCCGCAGCCGCGCGGCCGGGCGAUGGGGGAGUUCCCGCGAGUGGCCCAGCGCCCAGGCCGUACGGGGGGCUGUUCGGGUGGAGGUGGGGGAGCAGCCGGGACACCAAAAUAGGAGCCGCUUGUGGGCUGGCGCUGCACUAGCAGGCAGUCUCCGCCGCGCCUCUUCCAAAGAUGGUCAGAGGGUCCGGCGGCGCCCCCGCUCCCGCUCGCUGCUAGCCCGCGGGCCAGCACCGCGUCCCGAAGCUUCUGCCGGAGCCAUGGCUCUAAAAGGACAAGAAGAUUAUAUUUAUAUUUUCAAGGAUUCGACACAUCCAGUGGAUUUUCUGGAUGCAUUCAGAACAUUUUACUUGGAUGGAUUAUUUACUGAUAUUACCCUUCAGUGUCCUUCAGGCAUAAUCUUCCAUUGUCACCGAGCUGUUUUAGCUGCUUGCAGCAAUUAUUUUAAGGCAAUGUUCACAGCUGACAUGAAAGAAAAAUUUAAAGAUAAAAUAAAACUCUCUGGCAUCCACCAUGAUAUUCUGGAAGGCCUUGUAAAUUAUGCAUAUACCUCCCAAAUUGAAAUAACUAAAAGAAAUGUUCAAAGCCUGCUUGAGGCAGCAGAUCUGCUACAAUUCCUUUCAGUAAAGAAGGCUUGUGAGCAGUUUUUGGUAAGGCACUUGGAUAUUGAUAAUUGUAUUGGAAUGCACUCCUUUGCAGAAUUUCAUGUGUGUCCAGAAUUAGAGAAGGAAUCUCGAAGAAUUCUGUGUUCAAGGUUUAAGGAAGUAUGGCAACAAGAAGAAUUUCUGGAAAUCAGCCUUGAAAAGUUUCUCUUUAUCUUGUCCAGAAAGAAUCUCAGUGUUUGGAAAGAAGAAGCUAUCAUAGAGCCAGUUAUUAAGUGGACUGCUCAUGAUGUAGAAAAUCGAAUUGAAUGCCUAUAUAAUCUGCUAAGCUAUAUCAACAUAGAUAUAGAUCCAGUGUAUUUAAAAACAGCUUUAGGCCUUCAAAGAAGCUGCCUACUAACUGAAAAUAAGAUACGCUCUCUAAUAUACAAUGCCUUGAAUCCCAUGCAUAAAGAGAUUUCCCAGAGGUCCACAGCCACAAUGUAUAUCAUUGGAGGCUAUUACUGGCAUCCUUUAUCAGAGGUUCACAUAUGGGAUCCUUUGACAAAUGUUUGGAUUCAGGGAGCAGAAAUACCAGAUUAUACCAGGGAGAGCUACGGUGUUACAUGUUUAGGACCCAACAUCUAUGUAACUGGGGGCUACAGGACAGAUAACAUAGAAGCUCUUGACACAGUGUGGAUCUAUAACAGUGAAAAUGAUGAAUGGACAGAAGGUUUGCCAAUGCUCAGUGCCAGGUAUUACCACUGUGCAGUCACGUUGGGUGGCUGUGUCUAUGCUUUAGGUGGUUACAGAAAAGGGGCUCCAGCAGAAGAGGCUGAGUUCUAUGAUCCAUUAAAAGAGAAAUGGAUUCCUAUUGCAAACAUGAUUAAAGGUGUGGGAAAUGCUACUGCCUGUGUCUUACAUGAAAUUAUCUAUGUCAUUGGUGGCCACUGCGGCUACAGAGGAAGCUGCACCUAUGACAAGGUCCAGAGCUACAAUUCAGAUAUCAACGAAUGGAGCCUCAUCACCUCUAGUCCACAUCCAGAAUAUGGAUUGUGCUCAGUUCCAUUUGAAAAUAAGCUCUAUCUAGUCGGUGGACAAACUACAAUCACGGAAUGCUAUGACCCUGAACAAAAUGAAUGGAGAGAGAUAGCUCCCAUGAUGGAAAGGAGGAUGGAGUGCGGUGCCGUCAUCAUGAAUGGAUGUAUUUAUGUCACUGGAGGAUACUCCUACUCCAAGGGAACAUAUCUUCAGAGCAUUGAGAAAUAUGAUCCAGAUCUUAAUAAGUGGGAAAUAGUGGGUAAUCUCCCAAGUGCCAUGCGGUCUCAUGGGUGUGUUUGUGUGUAUAAUGUCUGAUUGAAUCUGCAGAAAUGACCAGGUAAUCACUGUUUGGGAGUAUAGUGAGAAAAGAAUGGAAUGUAGGGUUUGGAGUUCCUUACUUGUUAUUGUGAUCUGACACAUGACAGGGGAUCGGUAGAUUUUAAUUCCUAACCCCACUCUACUCCCAAACCUAGUGAUUAAUGGGCAAGAAAAAAUCGUAUGUUUAUAUAUAAUUGAAUAAGUGGGGUUAACCCCUAUAAUCUCUGCUUUUCAAAGGGGAUAUGGAAUAUUUGACACUUGGUAAAAUGUGAAAUACUUUUGUAGUGAAUCUUUUCCUCCUGGUAGUAUCAACACUGGGGAUAGGUCAGAAUCAUUCUAUGGAAUGAAAUGUCUCUUAAGAGCCAUUAACUAACAGGAAUUUGAAAUUUAAAGAGGGAAUCUUCUCUACCUCUACAAAAUCAACACUUAAAAUUUUCUUUUCACCUUUAGAAUUAUUUAGAAUGUAGACUUACUUUAAGUCUGUUUUUUUCCUUUGUAGUGUAGAUAAUUUAUUGUUGUUAUUCUUUAUUUACUGACUACCAGAUAUAUAUAAAAUAAUGUGCAAAGGAUUAUUACUGUUCAAAGAGUUUACAAACUAAAUUUAAAAAGAAUGGCAAGUAUGAAAAAUUGCAGAGAAGAAAGUCAAAUAUUUGCUUAUGCUAAGGGGUAUUUUUAAUUUUCAGCUUUGAUGUAAAUUGCUGGCUUAGGUGUCUUUAGUUUAAGCAUGUUAGGAAAUGCCCUUUAUUCUUACGUGUAAAUACAUGUCUGCUUAUAAAGUUGAAUUUCAGAAAGCAUGUAGAACAGUUGUGGUAUAGUAGAAAAUACCUUGACAAGAAGAUAAUUUGCAUUCAUUUCCCAGCUCUUCCACUAACUAGAUUUUGUUACUUGAGUCACUUAACCUGUCUUUGAUUAGAGCUUCCUGACCUGUCUAUGCACAUUGGCACUGAAGGUCAUAGAUGUGCCUAGAUACGGAUCUGCUCACCCCUUGAUGCAGCUAAAGGUAAUCGGGGUCACCUUUGUCCAUUUUCUCCAAUGUGCCUAUAGGAUCACUUUCCAUGUGUGCCAUAACUUGGGAAAAGUUGGGAAGCACUGCCUAACUUAACUCCUCUAAACCUUUAGUUAUCUGUAAGACCAUCUAUUCUAUACUCUUUUUUUUAAAAGAGACAGUGAAUAUUUUUAAUUUUAAAUACUGAUGUUUAAAACUACCUAACACCUCUGGUUUUUAAAAAAAAUUUUAGGAGAUUUUUUUUUUUUUUUGAGAGAGAGAGAGAGACUUGCUCUGUCACCCC